AUGAAGUUCAUGCAGCGGGCUGCGGCGUCGUCUGCGACCAGAGAAGAAAAUGCCUCGGAAGCAAGUGAUGGUCCGCAUACACCUAAGCGACCUCGUCUGUCAACAGAGCCCAACAGCCCAGCCACUCCACAAUCUGAUCUAGACGCCAUCGCCGCCGCCAUCGCAGCAGAGGAAGAGAAGCGGCGCAGCGCCAUUGCACAACAAGCUGCAGCGGCGGGUGAGACUGAAUGGGUGCUGGAUAUACCUGCGGCGACGCCGACAGCCCCUCGUCCCAUAGUGGUGGCAGCGGAGUCUCUAGACACUGAACACGAUGGCGCGUCAGGCGGGCGACGAGCAUUCGGUAACUUCAAGCGCAAACAGUCCUUGCAACAAUCUGGCAAUGGCGACGACGAUACAGGCGGGGAAAAUGCCAACCGCAAAUCUGCUAAAUCAUACAAGAAAGUUUCUAAGCUGACCUCCAUCUCCUCCGGUGGUGGCGGCGGUCGCAAUGCGUCGGCGCAAGAUCUCCUGAAAAAGAAGAAGCGGAAGAGUAACUGA